AUGACGUCACCACAACAUUAUCACCGCGGUGCAUUGUGGGGCAGCGGAGUCCUCCAACAGGUAAGGAUCUUUUUUUUUCCUCAGUGAUAUCCACCUGCUCCUCACCUGUGUUUUAGAUUUGUAUUAGAGACUUUCCCCAGCAGGUUUCCUACCAGAGCUGACAUGGAGCGUGUAGAGAGAAGACUGACUGUAGCGUUCCUGCUGCUGCUGCCUCUGCUGUCUGUCAGCAGCCUCGCCACCACAAAAACUACAGGUAGGCUGCAUCCAAAUUCAGUCUCCUGGUGUGUGUUGUCUGACGCUGAAGAGCAGAAGUGUCUGGAUUUGGCCGGGAACGCCACAGCUCGGAAUAUUAGAGGAAGUUUGCAAUGCGUCCGUGGCCUGAACACCAGAGACUGUAUCAACAGGAUCAAGAAUGGGACAGCAGAUGCAGCCUCCAUGUUUGCAGAUGAUAUCUACGCUGCGGGGCUCUGCCACGGCCUGGAGCUGGCUGCAGGAGAGUCCCACAACGGAGCCGAUGGUUUGAGUUACUACGUGGUGGCGAUGGCGCGUCGCUCCUCCUCUGAUCUUUCCCUGCUGGAGAUGCAUGAACGCAGCUCCUGUCACCCCGGGAUACGCACCACGGUGGGCUGGACCGUUCCCAUCGGAUACCUGGUCAACACCUCCCAGAUCAGCAUCGGGGAGCAGUGCAACUUCCCCAGAGCUGUUGGGAACUUCUUUGGCUACAGCUGUGUUCCAGGAGUUAAAGACGCCCAACACGACCCGAAAGGAAACAACCCCAAGAACCUUUGUGAGGCCUGUAUAGGAGACGACAACGACAGACACAUCUGUGUUAACAACCACCGAGAGAGACACUACGGAGAGGCCGGGGCGCUCAGGUGUGUGGCUGAAAACCUCGGGGACGUGGCCUUCGUCAAACACACCACAAUCUUUGAUAAUCUGGACGGUAAGAACAUGGAGUCGUGGGCUCUGGACCUGGAGCUGGAGGACCUGAAGCUGCUGUGUCCUGACGGGACCGAGGCGGGACUCGACGAGUUCGACAGGUGCCACCUGGCCGCCGUCCCCACAAACGCUGUGGUGGUGCGCAUGGAGGACAAGUGCCGCGUCUGGAAGUUUCUGGAACGUUUACAGAACGCGUUUGGCAACGCCACCGAGGGUUUCCGCCUGUUCAGCUCAGCCGACUACGGAGAAUCCGAUCUGCUGUUCAGCGACGCCACCCACCACCUGCAAAGGAUUCUGGGUAGCUACACCUCCUGGCUGGGCCCCACCUACACCACCGCGCUGCAGGCCUUCGAGUGCGAGGCUGUUCUCAUUACAGCUCUUUGUCUCUUGCAGGCUUCUGCUGAUGGAGCAGGACGAAGACAUCCAGAGCAUCAACUCCUUCCUCCGUCUCCUCCGUCCCUGCUGCCAUCUGUCCCUGCAGCGUUCCACCACCCGUUCUCUCUUAUUAUCACUUCGUCCUCGUCCUUCUGCAACCUUGCUCUUCACUCCAGCGUCUGUCUGUCUGUCUGUCUGGCAGGCUGUGCUUGCACUAUAGGACAGAGUGUGAAUGAUGAGGAGCAGCGGAGCCAUAAAGCCGGAGCUGUUAGGAGGAGGAGGCUCCUGAUGAUCACAGGGAGCUUCUCCUUGUGUUUCCCAGCCGUGGCUCCCGAGGGUGAGCCUCGAUCUGCUGGAGUCACGCCCGACGGCACCGCCAACGGCCAUAACAGCAGUGACAGCAAAGACGGAGAUGACUUUGAAGAGACGGAGGAGCAAAGACGGAGUUAUGAGGAGGGAAGGGGAGAGAUGACAGAAAAAGGAGGAGGACGAGGGGAAAAGGAGGACAGGAAAGAGAGGAGGAGAAGCAGAGAGGGACUCAGAGAGGAGAAGAUGGCUGAGAAGAAGAAACUGGAUAUAUAA